AUCCACCACACCUCGCCGUAUACUUUUCGGCGUCCCUCCUUUCGACAUUUUGGGCCUGCCGCUACUGUACCGAUCCUAUGCCAUUUCCCAAAACACGAAGAAGAUGAAGGGACCCACCGUCGUCGCAUGCAUCGCAGCCCUCGCCACUGCUACAUCCGCGGACAACCAAACGGAAGACUUCUGCGCCAAUGUCCGUGGAUGUACGCGUAUCUACAUGCCAGUUUGCGGCAGCGACGGUCAAACGUACGGCAACGAAUGCUUGCUCAAGUGGGCCAAGUGCAACAAUCCGACGCUGGAACUUGUGUCAAAAGGUCGAUGCAGCACUACGCGGAAGCUGUCCGAAGCAUGCCCGGAUGCGUGCAUCGAAAUCUACCAACCCGUGUGCGGCACGGAUGGCAAGACGUACGACAACGAAUGCGUGCUUCGCAGACAGGCGUGCCACGAUAACACCAAAGUGAGCGUGGAUUUCACAGGCGCGUGCGACGUGCAUGCCGGUGUCCACGUGCGCCAGGCGGACCCUGAUUGCCCUCAAGCGUGCGUCGAAGUUUUCCAUCCUGUAUGUGGCUCGGACGGACACACUUACGAAAACGAGUGCUCGAUGAAGCGUGACGCAUGUGCAAAGCACGUCAAGAUCACAGUCGUCCGAGAAGGCGACUGCGAAGGCAAAUGGCCAAUGGAUCAGUAAAUGCAUUGCACCAAGAGGCGCAACCGUCGCCAAGCGCUAUUAUAAUUGAUUCUGAUGUGUUCAAGUCGACGAA